AGCCUGCCUCCUCUUUUCCCCACAGAGUGGCUGGUGGGUUUGAACCACCACCUUAGGCUUAGUGGCCCAAUGCGUACCCAACAACACCAUCAGGGCUUGUUUUGCUGCCAGACAGUAGAGCUGAAGUCACUCAGAAGUGGGGCCUGCGUUUCCUGGGGGUACACACACACACACACACACAGUGCCCAUUGAAUGCAAGAGAACUUGGGUUGUUGGUAUCACCAAGCUAAGGACUCUGGUACCCAGGGUGCCCUGUUUGACACCCACAGAAGGCCUAUACAGGGGGUUCUGGGUGCAUGAUCAAAGUGAGGGACCGCUGUGCCUUACUCCCCACCUGUCCAGUAGCUGGCUAAUACCUGCCUCCGAGGAGUGGCGUGAAGCUUGGAUGAGAUGCACCCUGGUGGCCGGUCAGCAGUGCCUGAGCCACAGCCUGUUGUAUCUGGUGGUGGUUAAUCAUACAAGUCCCAUCUCCCAGGAUCCCAGUGGACUCAAUGUCAAGUUCACUGACCAAGAUCUGAAACGCUUUUGUUUUGCUAAGACUUUUGCCUAGCACACACUUGCCUUGACUAACUUCUUAACUUCUUAUUAAUCAGACCCUGCGCCUGAUCAGGGUGGGUUCCCAGCGUGAGCAGCCUGCCCUGCAGUUCGUCCUGCUUCCAGCAAAUAGCUCCUUGUCCCUGGUGCAGCCCAGCAGGGAGCUGGAACUUGUCGGAGGAUGGUCCGGAUUUUGGCCAAUGGGGAGAUUGUGCAGGACGAUGACCCCCGAGCAAGGACCACCUCCACACAGCAUAGUAGCACACCUCGCCAGGGUUUCUUCAACAGGGGCCGUGGAGCUCUCUUGGGCGGUCCUGGCCCCCUCCAGCAGCAGGCAGGGGCCAGGCUGGGAGCGACUCAGUCUCCCUUCCAUGACCUCAACCGGCAGCUGGUGAACAUGGGCUUCCCGCAGUGGCACCUGGGUGGCCAUGUUGUGGAGCCGGUGACCUCCAUCCUGCUCCUCUUCCUGCUCAUGAUGCUCGGUGUCCGAGGGCUGCUGCUGGUGGGCCUUGUCUACCUGGUGUCUCACCUGAGUCAGCGGUGACA